AAGAACAUCCUGCAGGUUGCUUCUUACUCAGUUUUCUUCGCACCUCGCAUCUAGCUGAGUGUUGUAAAAUAACUGGCAAACAUCAACUAUAACAUCUAACUACCUCUACGACUGUCACUCAACAAAUAUUUCGAACACCAUAACUCUGCUUCUUUUCAAGCUCGACUAGCACACAGCAUCUCCCUACAAGAGCGUCGAGUUCCGAAGCUUCUUGUUUAAUGCAAAAAAAGUCAACAGUUUUUACAUCUUCACGACAUAAAAAAUAAGGAGGCGAAUAGUAUCCUCUUCGUGGACAAGAACAUUCAAAUCUUUGAACCAAUUGAAACCAAACCAAUGCUUCGCUCCACGGUUUUGUUGCUUGCUGCGGCAGAUCAUGUUGCGGCUGCGUCCUCUCAUUUUGGUGCGGCUCCUGCUCCGUACGUGCAUCUUCGAGGGGCCGGGGGUUCGCCCUGGUUGACGGACAGUUCCGGUCGUCGCGGCGGAGCCGACACCAGUGGUCCUGCUUUAUCUUCCUACGGUAAAGAGAUGGAGAUGUUACAACGCCCCUCCGCGGUCACCAGCGUCGGAAAGCAGGCGCUCCGUGGUAGUCGUGGCCGCCCCAGUGCAACUCGUGGCGGCAGAAGUAAGCAACAGCGAGCCUCAUCCUCACGUGGUCAACAAGGAGCCGGCGCAUCGAGCCGCACUGGUUCCGCCCCGUCGGUCACCGAGAUUGCUGCUGCCAGUGCGGGGACUACUAGUACUCCUAACGAGCACGCUGUCUGGAGCAGCCUCGACAAAAUUUUCAGUGGCAUGCAGAUGACGGACGCGCAGGCAGCCGCGAUGGAGAGCAGCUACGAAAAAUGGGCGAAGUUCGAAGCCAAAGCUGAUUUGGCCGCGAUGGCGAAAGACGAACAGAUCCUCAAGGUUCAGACCGACAUUGAGAAGCAGCUCCUGGACCUCCAGGGGCAACAACAGCAUGGAUCUGUCACGCCCGACCUCGACCAGGUUUUCGUGGACGCGAUCAAUAAACAGAUUCAACUUGGCGCAGAAAACGCCACUGCCUCGUCGUCGGACGCAAUUUUUAACUCCCAGAAACAAGUUGAGACGCGGAUCAAGUACUGCAAGGCCUACUGGAAUAUCCUCUGCAAAAGUAUCGUACUCGUACUCGUAGUAAUCGCAGUCAUGCAUUACAAAUCUCCAUCCCAAGGUAAAAGAGCAUGACAAAUUCCAUUUGUCGCGCUGAGCUAACUUGUAUUGCGAUUACUACUAGCUACGAUACAUUUGCAGUUCAUAUGGAACUCUGUUUCCCCGACGGUGCGCUACGUGUGGUUGUCAACGAACAAUGUAAACGAGGUGUGCACCAACUUCGGCGACCUGUCGGGGCUGCAGCACGGUGACACCCCGAUGAAAUGCACGCCCACGGGCAAAAAAUUCGGGAUUCCGAAGGAGCAGACGUGGGACACACAAGGCAUAUCAAUUGCAAAUGUGUGUGGAUCUGGAAGAGUCAUGCUGCUUUUGCAUGACACAGGAGGCCUGCCAUGGAAGCUCUAGCAUCACAGGUUUCGAGAAGCUUCCGCAAUGCCGAGUCCGCAUUACAAAUGCCCCAUUCUGGUGACAGAAAGUGGGCACCUUUUGCUGCCUGUGCAUGAGAGAUUUUUAUGGGUUGCAAAAUGCGCAUCACAAGUUUGCAUUCUUCCACCAGACCCAGACGUAUUUGCAAUGUAUAAGGCAAUACCCUCCGCAACGUCUUGGGGUGGUUGCCGAGCCAGUGGCUGUGGGUUUCGGUUGGGUUCAAUGUGCUGGUGAAUAUCAACGUGGUCAAAGGCCGUAGCCCGGAGGACCACGGCGUGGCUUUCCGGAAUCUGAUGCUGGUCCUCCCGUUGGCGGUCAGUGAGAAACUUAUCAAGCCGGCGCUGGUAAAGACCCGUCUUUAUCAUGAGCAAAAAUCCCCCCUCCCCAUAUCGAAAACGAAAUUUGUGAUGCUGAUUUGUGACCACAAAUCAGCUUUGUCUUGCAGUAGAGGACUGCAGGCCCAUAUCGUGCCGGAGUCGAGAGGUUUUGGCCUAGGCAUUUAGCAUGGGAAACGUUUACGCCGUAGGCCCAAUAGCAUUACAAACCGCCUGCAUAAUAGGGCGGAGCCUGUGGCGUUGCUUUCUUGCGUCACAGAUGCGAUUUGUGGUCACAAAUCAGCAUGACAAAUAAUUUUCUGAGUCAAUAUAUGGGGAAGGGGGAUUUUUCCUCGCAAUAGUCUUGGACCCGCCACCAUCCGACCGCCCGGAACCGCGAUGUGCACGGAGACGGGACACCGGAAGCCCGGCCUGGUGUCUAUGCUGUGUAAAAUUGUCCCCACCCCGUAGUCAAGUUGGUAAAUCUGCAACACAAAUCUCUAAGUCUUUGGAGUUGGGCAUGACAAGUUUCCAUCUGCAGUGUAGUUCUGGUUAGCAAAGGCAGCCGCAUGAGAAACCCGCUUUCUCAUCCUGUUUACAGCAUUACAAAGUCCAUAAACACAUUUAUUGGAAAUUGUAAUGCUAAGUAAUGGCUCUCAUGGCGAUGCGCAUUACAAAUGUUCCUGUCGUUGCGCAUUUGCAUGACAACUCAGGGGUGGGGACGUUUUUCCUCAGGAUACUGUCGGGCCACUCCUUCGCCGCGGUCGCGGUCCUUAUGCAAACGUUUUGGUUCAACUGGUUGCCCGCGUUCCGGGCUUUGAAGUCCUCGCCUUCGCGCGCCAAGAAGCACUUACGGAAAACGCUCGACUAUUGAGAGGAAAGAUCCCCCCUCCCUAUAUCGAAAAGGCGGUAUGUUUCCGAAAAUUUGUCUUGCUGAUUUGAGACCACAAAUCGCGUUCGUCUUGCAAGAAGACAAGUGUAGAGGCGGUCCGCGCCAUUAUGGAAACGAUUUGGCAUGCUGUUGGGCCUAGGGGGCAGCCGUUUCUAAUGCUAAACAACUAGACCCUGACCCAAGCGCCCCUGCUCCCUAGGCUGAGGAUCUGGCUGCGAUGCCGUAUUGCAAGACAGCGCGCAUUUGUGUACGGAAUUCCAGCAUCAGAAACUUCGUCUCGAUAUGGGGAGGGGUGAUUUUUCCUUCUGGUAUCGACGUCAUGGUGGCCAUCAAGGUCGGGCUCAAGCUCGGGUGGUUUAUCAAAUGCAAAAAUGUCUGGGUCGGGGAGAAUCCGAGAUUUGUCAUGCUAAUCUGGCAUGAUAAUGAUUCUGAGCUCUGUAUUGCGCGGCCGCGAACAGCUGCUACUCCCUGUCAUGCAAAAACGCAGUUUCUCAUGCAGAAUACGCAACUCAGAAGCAUGCAAAAAACUUGUCAUGCUUGGAAGCGCAUUACAGUGAGCUCACUCUUCCCUUCCUUGCAUCACAAAUUUCCCGACCCAGACAUUUUUGCAAUCCAUAUGGUUUUCCCAACGGCAAAUCGUCUCCUGGUUCCAGGCGUACUACGAGAAGCAUCAGCUACGCGGAGGUCCUCCCGGAGUUGUAAACAUGCCGGCCGAGGAAGUGCAUAGGCUGACGCUGGGCGUCCAAAAGAGCGGCGUGCUGGUCUUGCCGGAGGUGUUUUUCCAAAGCCGCAGGACGGUCGGAACUUGGGAUUUUGAGUACGAGAUCCGCGAAGACGGGAGCAUCGAUCCCGCGCCGCGUCCUCUGCCCGACGAGGACGUGUUUACGCACGCGAUGGAAGCCUUCGAGAACGAGUUUCUUUUUGCCGACACGCAGCGGGACGUGACCCACGGACGCGAAGUUGCCUUCGUCAGAGCAAUCGGGUCACACCGGUGGACGCGCGACGGGAAGCGGGCGUUUGUUACAGCCAUUCGCGUCUACAAUAUUGUCGAUUUAAUCUUCCUCUUAAUGGUCCCGGCCGCUCGUGUGAUAGACGAAGACCACACCAUCGGGCAGGCGGUCAGUGGCGGUGCCGCUGGUCUCCUGUGGCUGCCGACGACGUGGUUGGUGGCGACAGGGGUGAGCGAAUUAGUCCACCGACUCUUCCCAACGUUCGCCCAAGACGCGGCCGGCUGGUACCGCACCUGCGGGGAGCGCAUGGACGGCUGCUGGACACGCGUCGUGGAAAAGAUCACUCGAGCGGUCGUGCACGAAGAUGGCCUGCAGGAGGAACUUCAGGCACCGGACGCCGGCAACGGCGCAGAAGGUGCCGGGCGGCGGGUUGUCCCUGCGGAAGUAGCAGCAGGGAUGCUGUGAGUGAAAGCAAACUGACCACUCAGUCUUCACAUCUGGAAGGACCAACUUCACUCUUUUUGAUACGCAUGCCGGUGCGAGCAAAAUAGAAGGCUGCUGCUACGUGGAAAAACCAAGACUCCAUGUCUUGAGCCUCGUUCGUGCACCAAUUAUUUUUUCUUUUAUCGAACAGGCACUGUGGCGACUUGCUUCAGAACGCCAAAGCGCCGCGGCUAGGGUUUUUCAGGUAAUGUGGCAUAGAUUUUAUCAAGCACUAUGUAUGAUAUUAUUGCUGUACAUGUACAACCAGUGGUCGUCGACACUAGGAUCCACUUGUCGUACUAGUGGUCGACAUAUCAAAUAAAAAAAUGUCUGGGUCUGGAAGAUUCUGAGACUUGUCACGCACGUUUUGCAUGUGGUAUGAUGUCCGUGAUGCAUGCCCUAGCGUCACAGACUUUUUGAGGGCUUCGUGAUACUUACCUAUUCCGCAUGACAAAUGCCCUCUCCGCGUAGCCAAGAACAAAAUUGCAUUCCAUUACUUGCUGGUCAUGCGAUACAGAUUUUUUUGGAAUCCAAGUGCAGCAUCACAAGUUCGGAUUCUUCCAGAUGACCCAGACACUUUUGCAUUUGAUACGACAUCAUGAUGUGUAGUGAUCUAAGUGCUUCUAUAUGAAUUUGUUAUCUGUUUCUGUACUAUGCGAAAAAAGGAAGCGGAGAAGGUGUAGGAGUGGAAAACGAACGGUAAAUUUCGGAAAAAAAAAGCAUAUACCACUGUACGAGAAAGUAACAAAUGACCCUUAUGUAUUUGAAAAAAAAUCUUUUGCUCGUUUUGACUCUGAUGCCGCGUCAACAGAAAGUGCAAGAGGAGCUUCUGUGGUCAACUACAAGGGUGCUUUGCGAAACUACAAAGAACCACCGUAGUACUUCAACAUCACAAAGACCACUUUUAUGCAAGCAGCACUGGCCAACAUACAAAACUACUUGUACCAGAACAGGAUCAAGAAACGACUACCCGUUCUCUAUGUAUACUCGUCUUUUUCGUGUACUUCCACUGUUGUAGAAUUGACUUUCUUUUAUGUAAGGAUAUCUUAAAAAAAAUUGAUUGUAAUUGAUUUGAUCGACGCAUUAUAUGUCGAUCAAAAUGUUGACUUUUAUAUCUACUGCAAAUUAUGACAUCAUGGUCAAGCGGUAGAUGUACAAUGUCAGUCCUCUAGUACUACGCAAGAAGAGUAAACCAAAUCUUGAUUCAAGACAACAAACGAAGCUGGAGGAAUAAAACAAUAAAAGCAUGCAGCACAGUAGUAAUGGUACAUCACGACCAAGAGCAGGGCACCACAGUGUGGACCAGUAGUAAGUAAGUUCAUUUUAGUAUCUAUCUGUCCCUGCUGAAGAUGUGUAUAAUGAUGUUAUACCCAACAUGUAUGAUUUGACUUUUUCUUUUUGGCUCUGACGUCAUCCCGAAAAGCAACCAGAUCGCCAAAGCCUUAUGCCAAUGAAUCUCG